AUGGCCAGAUUCGACGUACGACGCAUCCUGGUCGACGAAGGCAGCUCAGUGGAUAUCAUGUACGUCCACCUCUUCAAGACUCUGAAGCUAGACAAGACCAACUUAGCCCCCUACGUCGGAUCAGAUCUCCAAGGAUUCAACGGAGCAACAACCAGACCGUGGGGAUAUGUUGAGCUCCUCGUCACUUUCGGCGAACAAGAAACGGCCAGGGAAGUCAAAAUCCAAUUCCUGGUCGUAGACUGUCCGUCUCUCUACAAUUGCAUCUUUGGACGCCCGACGCUGGCCGAACUCACUGCGGUCCCAUCCACCGUCCACCUGAAGAUGAAAUACUACACCAAAUUGGGACGUGUGGUCACCAUCCAUGGUGACAUCGAAGCAGCCCGGCGAUGCUACGACGCCGCAGUAAAAGGACAGGCCGUAGUCAGCACGAAGAGCAACUGCAACAACAAAAAACUCAAGACCGAGGAUCCUGUCCGAGGAGUCAACGCCAUCGACCUCGACUGUCGCAUCGGGCUGGACGAGACCGGAGAGGGGAGGUUCCCCAAGGAACGCUCUCUCGAACACCCGGUCCGACCAAUCCCCGACGGGGAGUUCGAACUCAUUCCUCUUGGGGACGAUCCGGAAAGGACGGUGAAGAUAGGUAAGGGACUACCCGAGGAAACAAGAGAAGAGCUAGUAGCAUGCCUCAAAGAGAACUCCGACCUCUUCGCGUGGAAUGCCGCAGAAAUGCCCGGGCUGGACCCCGAGAUCGCGUGUCAUAAGCUAGCUGUAGACCGGGCAGCCAAGCCCAUAGCACAGCGUAGACGCAAGCAAUCGCCCGAAAAGGCAGAGGCUGCCGAGCGAGCUGUAAAAGACCUCUUAGAGGCAAAUUUUAUUUCUGAAGCCCAGUACACAACCUGGCUCUCUAAUGUAGUCCUCGUUAAGAAAAAUAAUGGAAAAUGGCGUAUGUGUGUUGAUUAUACUGAUCUUAAUAGGGCUUGCCCGAAAGAUGCUUUCCCCCUCCCUAAUAUAGACUCGCUCGUUGACAACUCUGCAGGUUUUAAACUCUUGUCCUUCAUGGACGCAUAUAGUGGAUACAACCAGAUCCCUAUGUCGCCCGCAGACAAGAAACACACAGCGUUCAUGACCCCAACGGGCAAUUACUACUACAACGUGAUGCCGUUCGGGCUCAAGAACGCUGGCGCUACAUACCAACGCAUGAUGAACAAAGUCUUCAAGGACGAAAUAGGGGACAUGCUCGAAGUGUACAUGGACGACAUGAUCGUCAAAUCACACGAGGAGGUAACCCAUGCUCGACACCUUACGAAGGUAUUCGAGCAGGCGAGACAGUGUAAAAUGAGGUUCAACCCCGAGAAAUGCACGUUCGGAGUCCGGGCAGGCAAGUUCCUCGGUUUCUAUCUCACCGAAAGAGGGAUCGAGGCCAACCCCGACAAAUGCCGGGCAUUCUCGGAGUUUCCGACCCCAAAAACCAAAAAAUCGAUCCAGUCACUCAAUGGAGUGCUCGCCUCACUCUCCCGUUUCAUCGCCAAGUCCGCCCAGCACGCAUUGCCAUUCUUCAGACUCCUUCGCAAAGAGGCUACCUUUGACUGGACCGAUGAAUGCGAACAAGCGCUACUCCAUCUAAAGAAGGUUCUGUCCCAACCCCCGGUCUUAUCACGGCCAUCAGAAAAGGAAACCCUAUACUUAUACCUAUCCGUGGCAACCGAGGCCGUCAGCGCCGUUCUAAUAAGAGAAACCGACGAAGGACAAAAGCCCAUCUAUUUUACGAGUAAAGCACUCCAAGGUCCCGAGCUCCGAUAUCAGCAAAUCGAAAAGGUCGCCCUGGCCCUCAUCAACACAGCGAGGAGACUACGAUAUUACUUCCUCGCACACACGAUAAAGGUGAGGACCGACCAGCCAAUCAAACAGCUGCUCGGGCGCCCGGAUAUGGCCGGGAGGAUGCUCAAGUGGUCAUUAGAACUCUCCGAAUUCGACAUACAAUACGAAAGUAGGAAAGCCUUGAAAGCUCAGGCGCUGGCCGACUUCGUCGCGGAGAUGACCCACUGCCCGACUCCAGCAGAAAGCGCCCACAAAUGGACGAUCUUCGUCGAUGGCGCCUCUAGCACAUCAGGCAGCGGGGCCGGGAUCAUCCUCGAAAAUGAAGAAGGGAUCCUGAUAGAGGUAUCGUUAGCGCUAGCAUUCCCAACAUCAAACAACCAAGCCGAAUACGAAGCCUUCCUCGCAGGCCUGAGGUUAGCCGACGACCUGGGAGCAAAAGAGGUAAAAAUAUCCACCGACUCCCAGCUCGUGGCCUCACAAGUGCGAGGAGAAUACCAAACCAAGAACGACAACCUCCUCGGGUACUUGUCCCUCGUCAAAGAAAAACUUGAUAGAUUUGAAAAAUGGGAAGUUCAACACAUACCCCGCGAGCACAACACACGGGCAGACGUUCUCUCGAAACUAGCCAGCACGAGGAAAAAGGGUGGGAAUAAAUCAGUAAUCCAAGAAAUUCUCCCGCGGCCCAGCAUCGACAAACUACCGCCUCCACUCGAGGUCAACGCUAUUGGAGAUGCCCACUGUUGGAUGACACCCAUCUACAAUUACCUCACACGAGACGAACUCCCGGCUGACCCGAAAGAGGCGGCCAUUGUCAAACGACGCGCAUGCUCACUCGGCGAGGCAAAGAGGGCAUGGGUCGAGGAGCUACAUAGCGUCCUAUGGGCCUACCGCACGACACCGCAUUCUACCACCGGGGAAACCCCGUUCCGACUAACUUACGGCACCGAGGCAGUCAUCCCGGUGGAGAUACGGACGCCAACGAGGAGGACAGAGGAGCCCCUAGACGAGGAAAUGAACGAUGAAACCCUUAGAGCCGAGCUCGACCUAGUCGAGGAGAUACGUUCCGAAGCAGCUCUCCGGGAAACAACCCUCAAACAAAAGAUAGCACUACGUCAUGACGCGAAAGUCAUAAAAAGAGAGUUCCAGGUCGGCACCCUGGUCCUCAGAAGAAACCAGAAAAACCCGAGAGAGGGCAAACUGGCGGCCAACUGGGAAGGCCCUUACCGCGUCCGCGACAAAACGAGCAACGGGGCCUAUUACCUAGAAAACCUACAAGGAGAACAACUCGCUCGACCAUGGAACGCAGAAAAACUUAGACAAUAUUACAGCUAA